AUGGCUGUUGAUCAUCAUGACAAAAUCGAGAAGUCUGUCAACUCCCCUUCUUCGGAGCCUCAAGGCCCUUUAACAAAUGAUGCAAAAGAAGACGAGUUGCAAGCCAAAGCAAAAGCCCGACCUGAGCGGACAGCAAAUUUCAAAGAUUACCUGCGGAUAUUCUCCUACGCAACAAAAUGGGAUUUCUUUGCGUAUGCUGCAGGAUUUUUUGCAAGCAUUGGAGCAGGGAUUACGCUGCCAUUAAUGAAUGUAGUUUUUGGGCAAUUCGUUGGCAACUUUACAGAAUACUUUAUGCCAGGCAGCGCAACAUCGCAAACUGAAUUCAACAAUAGCAUUGAUAAGUUGGCGUUGUACAUGUUCGCCCUGUUUCUGGGUCGUUUCGUGCUCAACUCUAUCAACAAGUUCGUCUUCCGCUUGAUAGGCAUCAGGCUAUCAUCCGCCAUCAGACUUCACUACCUACAAAGACUAUUCGGUCAAUCCAUCCAUGUCCUCGACUCAAUGCCUCCGGGCUAUGCCACAGGCACCAUCACAUCUACAGCCAAUGUCCUGCAGCUAGGCAUAUCGGAAAAACUUGGCACUUUUGUUGAAUACAACUCGACCAUUGUGGCUGCGAUUAUUGUAGCAUUCGUGAAGAAUUGGUCCCUGACUCUAGUCACUUCUUCAAUCAUCCUAUACCUUUUCCUUGUCUUGGGCAUAUUUCUGCCCAUGAUACUCAAGGUUAAUGCGCUCAUCACAAAGGCAGAGGGCAGAGCUGGUGCGGUUGCCAGCGAAGCUUUGGCGAGCGUCAGAAUGGUGGCCGCGUGCGGUGCAGAAUCACAAAUUUCCAGGCGAUACGGCCAGUUCGUCGAAGAAACCCGCCAACAUGGUAAACUUCUCUCGCCCCUCAUUGGCGGACAACUCGGUUUGGUAGUAAGUAACUAA